AUGCAUCAAGUACGACACGAGCACGUGACACACAUUUCCGGGCCCUCGGCAUCUCAGUCGGGUGCGAAAAAAACCAUGGCUCCAACUCCACUUUCCAUAGACAUCUUUACCAAGAACACAAAUAUGCUUUCCCGUUCUGUCCGUGCAUUGAAGCACGUGCCUUCUAAGCCCUUUGCCAGAAGCUAUGCCCUUUCUGCCAAAGCACAAGCUCUCAUCUCAAAGCCUGUUCAGGAAGUGGACCCGGAAAUGGCCCUGAUCUUGCAGCAGGAGAAGGACAGACAGAGAAACUCCAUCACGUUGAUCCCAUCGGAGAAUUUCACCUCCAAGGCCGUCAUGGACUUGUUGGGCUCGGAAAUGCAAAACAAGUACUCCGAGGGAUACCCAGGCGAGAGAUACUAUGGUGGAAAUGAGAUCAUCGACAAAGCUGAGUCAUUGUGCAGACAGAGAGCUUUGGAGGCGUUUGAUUUGUCUCCAGAAGAAUGGGGUGUCAACGUCCAGCCUUUGUCUGGAGCCCCAGCCAACUUGUACGCCUACUCUGCUGUUUUGGAAGUGGGUGACCGUAUUAUGGGAUUGGACUUGCCUCAUGGAGGACAUUUGUCUCACGGUUACCAGACUCCAUCGGCCAAGAUCUCGUACAUCUCCAAGUACUUCCAGACCAUGCCAUACCGCUUGGACGAGUCGACUGGUUUGAUCGACUACGACACAUUGGAGAAGAAUGCCGUUUUGUUCAGACCAAAGGUCAUUGUUGCCGGUGCCUCGGCCUACUCGAGAGUCAUUGACUACAAGAGAAUGCGUGCCAUUGCCGACAAGGUUGGUGCCUACCUUUUGUCCGACAUGGCACACAUUUCCGGCUUGGUUUCUGCCGGUGUCACACCUUCGCCAUUCCCAUACUCGGACAUUGUCACCACCACCACCCACAAGUCGUUGCGUGGCCCCCGUGGUGCCAUGAUCUUCUUCAGAAAGGGCAUCAGAAAGGUCACCAAGAAGGGCAAGGAGAUUCCGUACGACUUGGAGCGUAAAAUCAACUUUUCUGUUUUCCCUGCGCACCAAGGUGGCCCCCACAACCACACCAUUUCUGCUUUGGCCGUUGCUUUGAAGCAAUGCAGCUAUCCCGAGUACAAACAGUACCAACAGGAAGUCGUGGACAACGCCAAGGCUUUUGCCGAUGCCUUGAAAGGAAAAGGCUUUGAUCUUGUCUCCGACGGCACCGACACCCACUUGAUUCUUGUGGACUUGCGCUCCAAGAAAAUCGACGGUGCUCGUGUGGAGGCCGUUUUGGAAAGAGCCAACAUCGCCGCCAACAAAAACACCGUUCCUGGUGACAAGUCUGCGUUGUUCCCAAGUGGUUUGAGAGUGGGCACUCCAGCCAUGACCACACGUGGUUUUGGCCCAGAAGAAUUCGCCAAGGUGGCUGAAUAUUUCCAGAGAGCCGUGGAGAUUGCCAUUUCCUUAAAGGAAAAGGAGGAAGGAGCUGUGGCCAAGGAGUUGUUGGCAAGCUUCAAGAAGUUGGCAGAUGAAAGUGCGGAAGUCAAGGCUUUGGACGAGGAAGUCAAGGCUUGGGCUGCCCAGUACCCUGUUCCAGGCGAUCUUUAG